CGGGGCUUCCAGGGGCGGGCUCCCGGCGCGGGCUGCGCGGCUGCGCAGUACUGCCGCCGCUGUCGCUGUGGUGAGAGAAGUGGACACGAUGGCUGGGCCCGCGUGGAUAUCCAAGGUCUCUCGGCUGCUGGGGGCAUUCCACAACCAAAAACAGGUGACCAGAGGUUUUGCUGGUGGUGUUAAGACGGUAACUUUAAUUCCAGGAGAUGGAAUUGGCCCAGAAAUUUCAGCCACAGUUAUGAAGAUUUUUGAUGCUGCCAAAGCACCUAUUCAGUGGGAGGAGCGGAAUGUCACUGCCAUUCAAGGACCGGGAGGAAAGUGGAUGAUCCCUCCAGAAGCCAAAGAGUCCAUGGAUAAGAACAAGAUGGGCUUGAAAGGCCCUUUAAAAACCCCAAUAGCCGCGGGUCACCCAUCCAUGAAUUUAUUGCUGCGUAAAACAUUUGACCUUUAUGCAAAUGUCCGACCAUGUGUCUCAAUCGAAGGCUAUAAAACCCCUUACAGUGAUGUAAAUAUUGUCACCAUUCGAGAGAACACGGAAGGAGAAUACAGUGGAAUUGAGCAUGUGAUUGUGGAUGGAGUUGUGCAGAGCAUCAAGCUCAUUACUGAGGGGGCGAGCAAGCGCAUCGCGGAGUUUGCCUUUGAGUAUGCGCGGAACAAUCUCCGGAGCAACGUCACCGCCGUGCACAAAGCCAACAUCAUGCGAAUGUCAGAUGGGCUUUUUCUGCAAAAAUGCAGGGAAGUUGCAGAAAACUAUAAAGAUAUUAAAUUUAAUGAGAUGUACCUUGACACAGUAUGUUUGAAUAUGGUCCAGGAUCCGUCCCAGUUUGAUGUCCUUGUUAUGCCAAAUUUGUAUGGAGACAUCCUUAGUGACCUGUGUGCAGGACUGAUUGGAGGUCUUGGUGUGACACCAAGUGGCAACAUUGGAGCCAAUGGAGUUGCAAUCUUCGAGUCGGUUCACGGGACGGCCCCAGACAUCGCGGGCAAGGACAUGGCCAACCCCACAGCCCUCCUGCUCAGUGCCGUGAUGAUGCUGCGCCACAUGGGGCUUUUCGACCACGCUGCAAAGAUUGAGACGGCAUGCUUUGCUACAAUUAAGGAUGGGAAGAGCUUAACAAAAGAUUUGGGAGGCAAUGCAAAAUGCUCAGACUUCACGGAAGAAAUCUGUCGCCGAGUAAAAGAUUUAGAUUAAGGCUUCUACAAAUGGUUUUGCCUCAGUCACUCCUAACGGACUCCAUGUCAGCCUGUAUUAGAAUACCUCCCAUUAUGUAUGCAUUUAUGCAUUUGUUGCUUGUUUCUUGACAGAGUACAUUUUUAGACCUGGCCUUUUCUUAACAAAAUCUGUGCAGAGGAUGCAGGUGAUGUCCCUGGGCCUGCUUUCAAAGGACUUUAUCCAAGUGCUUGUUUUAUUUAUUAAAUGUCUAUCUGGUACACAUUUUUUGAAAACUCUAAGUAGACCAUAUCAUUUGCCAUUGUUAACCAUUUUACGCUUCAGUUACAACAGUUUUUCUUUAACUGUAAAUAUCAUGACAGAAUUAAUACGAGAAAACAUACAACUUUUUCAAGAAAAACAAUGAUUUCCUAGGUUUAUGAAAAAUAUAAUGGAAAUAAAAUAGAAUGUUGAUGUAUUAGCACAAGAUAAUAUUCUUAUAAAACUAAACGGGCACAAGAGAAAUUUCCUGGGAAAGUUUACAUCAAAAACAGUGAAUAUGGUAUAUUUCUUAGUGAUAUGGAAAGUAAAGACUGAUUUGUGCUUUACAUGAAUUACUGAGUAUGAAUAAAGACUUCAGAUCCGAGGAAUAUAUAAUGAGAGAUGUAGUUUUUGUUAAUAAGAUAUGGGUAAUAUAUCGGGUACAAAGACACAAAUGCAUUGUGUGUUCAAUUGUUUUUACCUUGAGAUGAUUGACUAUUCCUGGCGAGAGCUUUUAAUGAAGGAGUGGUCCUUCCUUUUCAUUGGACAUACAUCAAGCAUCGUGUGUAACGCAGCCCUUGAUCCCCUGUGCAGACCCUGAGUCAGACAUGGGAGCCGACCAUUGUGUGCGAUCACUCUUCCCCAGCAUGUCUGUCUCUGUCUGGAAGUGGGCCACACUCCCACUGAUACUGCUAAAAGGCCUGACCAUAUAAAAUUUGACUGCAGUUGAGGACCCUGGGGUGCUGGCUAUUAACUUUAUAUUUCAGUGGCUACCCCUUCCCCAAAACACCAAAUUACCACCCUGUGCCUCAGCACCACCAAUAAAAGAUGAGUUGCAGACUCAGCCUGAGAUGAGUCACAAAAUCGUGCCACGCUGGGGCUUGCCUUAGCUUUUGACCUUCAGGCACGUCCCCAUCCCUCCUCCAUUCCCCAUCCUUAGCAUGAUUUUUCUUUAAUCUUCAGACACUAAGUCACUAUUUUCAUGAACCCUUUGGUCCCACACCAGAGGCAACUCAUGUCCUUCUUGGCCCUUGUGUAACAUUGCAAACCUGUGGCUUUGCAUUGUGUACCCUGGUCACAAGGGGAUUUCUUAACAACAACAAAUACCCCGGUCUGGAUCCUUUUUUAGGCUGGUAACCAGACUUACAACCUUAUAUGUAUUUUACUUUGUUUAAACUGCUGCUUCUGUUUUAUUGAAUUGUGCUAAUUAUCAGUGAUCCUUGGGUUUACACUAAUAAAGAAUUCCCAAACGAA